UUUUACUUUACUCGUCGCUCUCACAUGGCAGCUAAUUAUGCGUCACUGCGAUUAGGCGUAGUCGUAACGCUAUUCUCGCGUGAUGAGACUUGCGGCGUCGGGAGUUUUUGAAAGACACAGGGGGGAGGAAUUUUGCCGUGAACAACUUUGUGGAAAGUAUUCCUAGCAUGUUUCAGAUAGGUUUCCUUUGUGACUGACCAUGAACAUCAGCUCAUCUGAUGGAGCGAACGUGGAAGACGGCAACGUGGCUGACAAUGGACCAACCAAAGUGGCAGAAUCUAUAGCCAUAAUCAUCAUUGACAUUCUCAUUUGCCUAGGGAAUUUAGUCAUCGUGGUCACCUUAUACAAAAGGUCUUACUUGCUAUCGCUUAGCAACAAGUUUGUCUUCAGUUUAACCCUUUCCAACCUGCUUCUGUCGAUGCUUGUUCUGCCUUUUGUUGUCGUCAGCUCAAUACUGCGGGAAUGGAUUUUUGGAGUGGUUUGGUGCAACUUUUCUGCACUACUUUAUAUGCUCAUUAGCUCCGCCAGCAUGCUCACCCUAGGCAUUAUAGCAAUAGACCGGUACUAUGCAGUUCUUUAUCCUAUGGUGUAUCCUAUGAAGAUCACUGGAAACAGAGCAGUACUUGCCUUGGUGUAUGUUUGGCUUCAUUCUCUUAUAGGAUGCCUUCCUCCUCUAUUUGGAUGGUCCACCUUAGAGUUUGAUCACUUCAAGUGGAUGUGUGUUGCAGCAUGGCACAAAGAGGCAGGAUACACUGCUUUUUGGCAGAUAUGGUGCGCUUUGUUGCCUUUCAUAGUAAUGAUGAUUUGCUAUGGAUUCAUAUUUCGUGUAGCAAGGAUAAAAGCACGGAAGAUUCAUUGUGGGACAGUUAUAAUUGUUCAGGAGGCUUCACAAAAGAAUGGGAGAAAAAAUUCCAGUACAUCCACAUCCUCGUCAGGAAGCAGAAAAAAUGCAUUUUCUGGUAUUGUUUAUUCAGCUAACCAAUGCAAGGCAUUAAUAACUAUAAUGGUCGUUAUUGGUGCUUUCGUUCUUACCUGGGGGCCUUAUAUGAUUGUUAUAAGCACCGAGGCCUUAAAGGGGAAAAACAGUGUUUCUCCAGUAAUGGAGACUUUAGCCACAUGGCUAUCUUUUACGAGUGCAAUUUGCCAUCCAUUGAUUUAUGGACUGUGGAACAAAACCGUACGAAGGGAACUUCUUGGCAUGUGCUUUGGGAACCGGUACAGAGACCCAUUUCAUCAGCAACACAGAACAUCGAGAAUGUUCAGCAUCUCAAACAGAAUAACAGAUCUUGGAUUAUCACCUCAUCUCACUGCUCUUAUGGCACGUGGUACAGAAUCUGAACAUCAAAGCACAACUACAAAUACUGGGUUCAGCUGUUCAGCUGAGUCAGGUACUGAUGUCAUGCUGCUUGAUGAUACCAGCUCAGAUGCAACACCACAUCCUAGACUAAUUUAUUCUCGACGAAAAAGUUCAGUGACAUUUGAAGAUGAGGUGGAGCAAAAAAAUGAUGCCAAAACAAUUGCCAACCAACCUAUUUCACCCAAUGCAUCCCUGGAAUCGUAUGCAUUCAGCUUGGCCAAAGCAAUUGAAAUAGAUGCCAAAAUCAGUUUAUUUGGAGAAGACGUUUUGAGUUUUCCAUCUGCUGUUCAAGCUGCGCCAGGAAAUUCUGGCACGAACAGAAACAGAAUCAGUGUUAUUCAAAAGCAGAAAGUCCAGCUUCAGAGCAUCGAAGAAGGAAACAUUGAAAGCAGCAAAUGUGAUGUAUAGAGGGCCUCAUAACAAUGUAUUGACUUUUACCAAACAUUAGGUACAAUUGCCUUGUAACCUUGAAUCAUUUCCGUAUAGUGGUAAAAUAUUACAGACUAAGGGGCAAAUUCACUAA